ACUUUUCAAGCAGACAGUUAAGGGGAAAAACAGAGAAACAAAGAGAAAGCGAGACUGUACUGCAAGUGGACGGAUGUGACAAAACCAUUAUCAUACAAUUUCAUCCAAUUGGUUUCAUAAUUGAAAACGCACCGGUUUGCAAAUGGAAUUUUAAUCCUUGAUAACUUCUCCACUAAUCAUGUAGCCUAACAACACUUGGCCGAAUUUAGUAAAUGUAUUUUGGCAUGGUGUUGCUCGUUUUCGUGUGCUACAGCUCCAUGUGAUUAGAAACCUGCUAUGGAGGACCUCUUUAGUCAAAAUGAAUCUGACCACUGACGAUGCGACUCAUUUAUGGGGAAAUUAUUCCUUAUUGGAACAAUACGACGCGACAGUGGGGACACCGUGGUUGUCAGAGUCGCCUGGUGAGGUGGACCUUACCCGUGCCAUCCCGCUCGGCUUCGUCCUGGGGGCUUUCAUUGUGUUCGCCAUUGUGGGCAACAUCCUCGUCAUUCUGGCGGUGAUGACCAAUAGGCACCUGCGGACCCCGACCAACUACUUCAUUAUAAACCUGGCCAUCGCUGACCUGCUGCUGGGCACCACAGUGCUGCCGGUGUCUGCCACCCUGGAGAUUCUUAACUACUGGGUGUUCGGCCGGAUCUUCUGUGACAUCUGGGCGGCAGUGGAUGUUUUGUGCUGCACGGCGUCCAUCAUGAGCCUGUGCGUAAUUUCUAUCGACCGUUACAUCGGGGUGAGCCAUCCGCUGCAGUACCCGAGCAUAGUGACCGAGAAGCGGGCACUGCUGGCCAUGCUUGGGGUGUGGGUGCUCUCGGUGGUCAUCUCCAUUGGACCCCUCCUCGGGUGGAAGCAGCCGCCGUCACCGGACAACACUGUGUGCCUCAUCACCGAGGAACCGUUUUACGCACUAUUUUCCUCCCUCGGUUCCUUCUAUAUACCACUGGUGGUUAUCUUGUCCAUGUAUUUUAGGGUGUAUGUAGUCGCCAAACGGACCACCAAGAACUUGGAGGCCGGGGUGAUGAGGGAGAGGAUGAACACGAGUGAGCUAACGCUCAGGAUCCACAAGGGAUCUCAGGUGCAGGAUGACAGCAGCAGCACUGGGAAGGGUCGUGCAAAUCAGGCCAGGAGCUCCCUGACGGUGAAACUUCUGAAAUUCUCCCGGGAGAAGAAAGCAGCUAAAACGUUGGGAGUCGUGGUUGGCAUGUUUACGCUUUGUUGGCUGCCGUUCUUCCUUGCGUUACCCAUUGUGUGGUGUCCUGGAAGAGGUUACCCUAAAUGUUUCUCUAGGAGCAGAGGUCUCCAUCUGGCCUGGCAGAUAUUAUGUCCGAACAGAGGGUCUUUCAAUCCAGACUUCCGCCCUCCCGAGACACUGUUCAAGGUGAUCUUCUGGCUGGGCUACUUCAACUCCUGUCUCAACCCCAUAAUCUACCCCUGCUACAGCCGAGAGUUCAAACUGGCAUUCAUACGCAUCCUCAGAUGCCAGUGCCACCAUAGGAGACGUCCAGGCUGGCAUGCCUACAACUACCGUACCUCCCACUUCAAUUCCGCCAGCCACUCACGAAAGAACUCGGCUGAGUCUGGCCACUCACAGAAGAACCCUGCCUGCCUCAACGGGAGCCAGCGCACUCUGUCCUCCUCAGCCAGCCCCAGUCCGAGCUACAUGCUGGCUUGCCCAGAGGGGGAGGCCCUCUACACCUGCUGGGCCUCCACCGCCUCCAGGUCCCCCUCCUUGCUGCCUGGGAGUCCUGCUAGCUGCCAACUGGGAACACUGAGGGGGGGUGUGGGGAGUGGAGGGACCCAUGGAGGGAUGUCUCACAGGGAGUCUGGUCAGGGGGUGUUCUUGUUCCCCUGUGGGGGGCAGAACGGGGAGUGUGGAGGGGACAUACCUGAGGAUAAGGUGUGACUCUCUGGUAGUCAUACAGACUCAUGAGUUGUUGUUGAAUGAUUCCUGAUGGGGAUUUGAAUCAUGUUUAGUCCUGGACUGAUGAUGGGGAGUGAUGUAUGGUUCCAUUCACUGUCAGUGGUUCAAGUCAAGUGAUCCUCGAAUGGUCAAUGGUUUCGUAUUGUUGGUAUGGGAAAUGGUUGACGAUGCCCUCUGCUGUAUGUUAGCCAGCUUUACUGAGCAUUAGGAUCAAUCCAGCAUCUGUUAAAUAGAACUAUCACUAUCACUGUCAGAGGAAAACGACUACAGAUGAGGCUGUACUGUAUUUCUCAUAAACCACAAACUGUAUACUAUGGAUUUGACAGAAACAAAGUCAUGACACCUUGGGACCACGUGUGGAACAGCACCCUAAGCUGUCAUCCUUCCUCUUUCAGUUUAUCCUGAUCUGUGAAUGCCUCUUCUCUGCUGGGUCUGUGGUCAGUCAGAGAAUGGGGUUGUGUUACAUGUAAAGAUCUGAUGAUCACUUUUCUGUUACUGUCACUUGAUAUCUGUAUGGAAUGUUUGUGUAAAUAAAGUAUAACCUGGU